AUGGACAGGCUGUCUAGUCGCAAGGGACUCCUACCAGGUCUACUUGGUAGGAGGCAGCAAGCAGGGCAAGAUGCUGCCGCCACAAAUGGCCGGGUGGAGAAGAUGUCCGGAAGCACAAUAACGACAACGGGACAUUCACCUCUCAAAAUGAUACCGAAUCGGAUUAGAAACCAUUUCGUCGCAAUGGCGGGCGAAUUCGUUGGCACCUUCAUGUUCCUCUUCUUUGCCUUCGCUGGCACACAAGUCGCAAACACUCCGGCGACCACAUCCGGAAGUGAGUCAACGCAGCUGCCUCAAGGCCCGAACCCUUCACAGUUGCUGUACAUAUCACUCGCUUUCGGGUUCUCUCUGGCUGUUAAUGCAUGGAUAUUCUAUCGCAUUUCGGGUGGCUUGUUCAAUCCCGCCGUCACGUUUGCACUCUGUCUCGUGGGCGCAGUCCCAUGGGGUCGAGGUGGGCUGGUGUUCAUCGCUCAAAUCUUAGGGUCGAUGGCCAGCGCUGGCGUGCGGUGGCACAAGCGUGCCCAAGGACUGUUCAUCGAGAUGUUCUUGACUGCACAGCUUAUCUUGACAAUUUUGAUGCUUGCCGUCGAGAAGCACAAGGGCACGUUCCUGGCGCCAGUUGGGAUUGGGCUUUCGCUGUUUAUCGCCGAGCUAGCUGGAGUGUACUACACCGGCGGCAGUCUUAAUCCUGCUCGCUCCUUUGGUCCAUGCGUUGCCAACAAAGACUUUCCGGGUGUGCAUUGGAUCUACUGGUUAGGUCCCCUGCUGGGCGCACUUGUCGCGAGCGGCUUCUACUGGUUCGUUAGGUCUCUCGAGUAUGAAUCAGCCAACCCGGGACAAGACUUCGAUGACCUCGAAGCCAGUGCAUUCAACCCAGACGAAGACCUCGCGAGGCCUGUUGUGCAGCCCAAUGCCGUUGCGCCCGAACGGCCUGUCUCCGGCGAUGGCGCUUUGAGUCCAACGAGAAGCCGCAGAAGCGGGAGUGGGCUGCAAAGUCCGACCAAAGGCUUAGACAGCUACAUGCACAGCAAUCAGCAGGGACUCGGAUCGGAGCCCUACGGUGGUAAUGCGGGCGCUGCUCAGCAGCCGUCCAGCCGCCAUAUGACCAUUGGGGGCGACAACCCACAUCAUCAAAAUCCGGAAACAACCACGGUGGAGGGGCCGACCACCACGACCACGACUGCAACUAGACGGUUUUGA